UGACUCGCAGCUGCUUAAGAGUGACACGUAAACUGAAAUUAAAGGUGGUAUAUGGCGGCCUUGUCAAGAAAUUAAGAUUGAAUUUCCCUCUCCCACGAAGUUUCCCGUAUUUGUCAAGAGCUGCGCUGGAGAAGUGAGGCUGGAGACGGGAAUGCGCGUUAGAAAAGCGCGCCGCCGCGGUCAGAGCUGCUUUUCAGAAAACAGACGGGAGUUUGAUGUGUGUGUGUGCGCGCGCGUGUAUGUGUGUGUGCGGUAAAGCGAAAUAUCGAAGCAGCGCCUUUGAAGUUGUCGUCUGAGUGCGUGCGUGUGUGUGCGUGUAGUGUGUGCGUGUGUGUGUGUGUGUGUGUAGUGGGGGGGCGGUGGGGUGUAUUGAUGUGUGAAUGUGACUAUGCUGUGACAAAGUGUACCGCUGAAUCCCGGCUCUGGAAUUCUCUGGGAGUGGAGUGUUUAACAGUACCGAGUAGAGAGAGAGACGGACAGACGGACGGACAGACGAGAGAGAGAGAUUAAAAAGUUGCGUGGAAGUUUCCACCAGCGGAGGCGGACGGGGCUUCGCUGGCCCGGACGGACGGAGGGGAGGGGAGCGGGGGUCCACCAUGGGAAACGGGGUAUGCUCGCGGAGGCAGCGGAGGAUUUUCCAGUCACUCUUACUGGUUACGGUGGUCUGCGGGAUGAUAUACGGCGGCAUGGUUUCAUACGAGAUGCACAAACAGCUGAGAAGGACGGAGGCCAUGGCCCUGAAGUACCAGCAACACCAAGAGUCUCUGUCAGCGCAGCUCCAAGUGGUGUACGAGCAUCGCUCCAGGUUGGAGAAGUCUCUUCAGAAGGAGAGGUUGGAGCACAAAAAAGCCAAAGAAGAUUACCUCGUGUAUAAACUUGAAGCCCAGCAGUCGCUGAAUAAAGAGAAGCAAGAUGCCAGCAGCCGACUCAGCUCUUUACAGAUGCAGCACCAGAUGUUAAAGAACCAGCAUGAUGACCUGAAGAAGCAGUACUACGAGCUGCAGGAACAGCACCAGGUCCAGGGGGAGGACCACGGCCGGGCCCUGGAUGAACACAGGGAACGAUACGACAAACUGCAGCAGACCAAAGAGACAGAGAUUGGUAAACUCAAAGAUAAUGUGUAUAACUUGAGAGAGGAGAAUAAGCAGUUGAGGAAAGCCCACCAGGACAUUCAUGUACAGCUACAGAACGCACGGGUGCAGCACCAGGACAUGAAGAUUGCCCACGACCACCUCACACUGACAUUGGAAGACCACAAGAGUGCGCUGGCCGCCGCUCAGGUGCAGGUGGCUGAGUUCAAACAGCUGAAGGAGACUCUGAACAGGAUGCCCAGCCUGAGACACGCCGACCAAAACCACGUCCCCCAGCAGCCCCAAGCUGCUGCCGUCACAGCUGAGCCCCAUGUCCACCAACGGCAGCCAGGCAACCUGCUGACCCAACCACACAACGAGCAACACGCCCGGGAGGAGGACCACCAGGGCGGCGGGGUCAGGCUGAACCUCGAGGAGGAGGCACAUGCCCAGUCUCACAUGACCGUAUCCCAGCAUGCCUUGCCAGAGAAAGAGGAGGAUGCUGAAGGCGAGGCGGAGAGGAGGAGAGAGCUGGCGGAGGAGGAGAUGGCCCAAGCUGGGCAGCCUCAGAAACUGGAGGAGGACCCUGACCAACCGCAGGAGGAAGAGGAGGAGGAGGAGGAGCAAGAGCAGCCAGAUGAGAACGCUCUGGACCGCCAGAGACGCCAGCCACAACAGGGUCCCCCGGCUGAGCCGCACGAUGAGGCCCAGCUGCAGCACAAGCCUCAUGUCCAGGCAGAGCACGUCAAGUCGGCCUUUGAACAACAGCAGGAGCAGCAGCGCCUGGAGGUUCAGCGGGCCCAGGAACGCAGGCUCAUCCAGCUGCGCCAGGAGGCCCUGCAGGCCCAGAGGCAGAGGGAGCAGCGGGAGAGAGACCAGAGGCUAAAGGAGGAGAGAGAGAGAGAGGAACAACAGCAAAGAGAGGCUGACAGACAAGACCAGCUGCUUAAAGAGGAGCAGCUCAGGAAAAGGGCCGAGUAUGAAAACAUGGACAAUGACAUAGUCCAAGGAGAAGAGGAUCCUCAUGGAGACAAUGCGGAAGAGCGGGAUGCUCAUGAGCAGGGCAAGGAGAAACAUGAGGAGUUGGACCAUAGAGUGCCUCCACACCAGCAGGGGGCAGUAGAGGGUGAUCUGGAUCCCGAGGAUGACCCAAACAACCAGGGAGAGGAUGAGUUCGACGAGGCUGAAGAGCAGCAUCCACAGCAGAGGGGCGGUGAGGUGGAAGAGGAGGCGGAGGAGGAGGAAGAGCCCGUGGCUCCAGCCAAACACGCCAAUAAACACCAUAAUCCCAAUCAACCAGCCAUGGAGGAGGAGCUGGUGAUGGCUGGAAACCCAGAUCAACAGGAAGAUGCCAUAGACGAACAGUACCAAGAGGAGGGAGAGGAUGAGCCUCAGGACGACUUGGCUGUGGCUCAGAAGAGAGAAGAGGAGGUCGAGGAGGAAGGUGAGGACCCAUACAACGAGGACAACAUUGAACAGGAUGAGGCCAAAGACCAGGAUGCUCCGAGGGAGGAAGGGGGUCAUAGAAAGGGGGCGGAGAAUAACGAGGAAGAGAAUUACGAGGAGGAAGAAGAGGAGGUAGAGGAUGACGCCGCUGGACAGAACAAGGGAAACAAUCGCAGGGCAGAAAUGUAAGAAGGGACCAGAAGUUGUGCCUUCUCUGCCUCCUCGGUGACAUGUUAGAUGUCCUCACUUUUGCCUUGUUUCCCAAAGACAUUAAACACCAAUCGUCCACCCAGAGUCCGGUUUGGACAGUCGGAUCCUUAUGCUUGUAGAUGGGAUUUGUAUUCCUGACACUGUGGGGUUGGAACUGAUGAACGUCCACUGUGGAAUUUUGAUUAGAUAUUUCAGAUGGAAAUGGAUUUAUAUAUAUUUGCUUUCAUUUUUUUAUAAGUUAAUUUACUUGUCUGCCUAUCCGUCUCUGUCUAUUCAGGUGUCUCAUCACCUGUUUGGUUGUCCUAUUUUUUUCCAGAUGUGACAGCAUAUGAGAGAAUGCACUAUAACUGUAUGCAAUCUUUAAGUGUGUCUAAAGAAAGCAAGGAUACGUGUUUUUAAUCCACUGUUCAGGCUUUGACAUAAUGUUUUAUACAUUUUUUUUUAUCUGUUGCUGUACUCCAAAUCAUUAGUUGCUCUUUAGUGCCACCAUUAGUACAACUUUGGCAUUCCACUUGAUCACGUGAUUUUAUUUAUUGCUGAUUGAGACAUUUCUGACAAUCGUAAAAAGUGCAAGGAUCUUAGUUUCUGUCUGUUUGGUUUUGUUAUUGUCUCUCAUGGCGUCCUGUAGUUGACACGCAGCGCUGUCAUCAUUGGACAUUACUGCGAACGCCAGUCAAAGCACACAGUCCCAGUGAAGACUCUCUUGCACUAGACGUGUCUCGUUGAAAUGUGCCUUUCCAAUUGUGGAAACCCAGAACCUAUUUUACACUCAGUUAUUUUUUUUUUGGAAAUUUUGAAAUUUUUUUCAACAUGGACGUCACUCAGAAAGAGUGCAUGCUAGUGCAUCAUGAUGGUUUCAUAUUGUUUUAUCAUGGACUUAAAUGGAGGGCUGCUCCUCCUUGACUGUUUGAGUGAAUUAAAUUCACCAACAUCAAUUCAACUUUCCACCAAAAUCCUUAAUUUUACUGUACAAUGUACAGUAAUAUAAAUACUUAAAGUUUGUACAUAUUUGUCUUCAGUUAUGUUACAGAAAGGAAUGAGAAGUUGGGUCUGUAUGGAAACAUGUUCACUGCAGAAUGAUGUGACUGUUGAAUAAAAUAUGGUCAAGGGCUUCAGG